AUGGUCUCCUUCCAAUGCGACGGCUGUGCGGAUACUGUCAAGAAGCCCAAGCUGGAUCAACAUCGCUCAAGGUGUCACGCGAGCUUCACAUGUCUUGAUUGCUCGACUACUUUCCGGAAUCAAGAGUACAAAACUCACACGAGCUGUAUUUCCGAGGCUGAGAAGUAUCAGGGAGCUCUCUACAAGGGAGGCAAGAAGGGCAAACAAGCUGUUCCCGCUCCCUCUGCACCCACACCUACUCUCACCCCUCAGCCAGCCGCCGCCGCAUCCGAAGCAGGCUCCUCCUCUGCCCCCGCCCCGGCAAUCCACCCAUCGCGACUCGCAGUCAUCGAGAACACCCCCGAUUACGCCUCUUCCGGGCCUUCAUAUCGCGGCGGGGGCGGCCGAGGGGGAUACGGCGGAAACAGCCGCGGGCGAGGUGGAGGCGGAGGCGGGUACGGCGGGUACGCGGGACCUCAAGUCCCAGGUCAAGGAUCCGGAUACGGUGCGCCGGCGGGAUACGGCUCGCCCGCCAUGUCUGCGCAGCCGUCUAUGAAGCAGGCGAGUGGGGAAAAUCGGAUGGGCCCGAAAGAGGGGAUGAGGAGCUGGGGGACGAAUACGCCCGCGGAGACGAGUCCGGCGCCUACGCCUGCGCCUGCGCCUGCGCCUGCGCCAACGUCGGCGGUGCCGGUGGUAGGUACGAAGCUGAGGUUCGAUGACACUCCUGGACCAGCGGCGGCGGUACCGGCGGUAGCAGCGGUCCCAGUGGCAGCACCAAUGCAGGCGGCCAAGCCAAAGAAGAACAAGAAGAAGGGGGAUAAGGGCGGAACGGGGGCCAAGGCGAAUUCGAAGCGGCCCAAAUCGGCAGCGGGGGACGACGACCGUGCCACGUCUGUUUCAGCACAAGCUGCAGCUUCCACCCCGGCUAUCACAUCAUCAUCAUCCGCACCCGCUCCUACCACCUCGGACAUCCUCACACCAAAAGACAAAAAGGACAAGGAGAAGAAACGGAAACGCUCCUCUUCCGACGCCGUCGCUCCUACCGCCCCCUCCUCCUCCACAUCCACGACCACCCCCGCCGCCACUCCCGCCGUGUCCGAAAAGACCCUCAAACGCCUCCGGAAGAACUUUGCCAAGCACCCCGCUCCGUCGACUGCCCCUGCCGCAGGCGAGUCGGCGACCGCCCGGAGCCUCAAGCAGUUGGUCGAGCAGUUGUCGAAAGCGAAGCAUGAGGGGGAUUUGAUUGAUCGCGAGGAUGUGUUGGAGGGAAUCAAGGUCGUGCCGGUGGAUGGGAAGUGGGUAUUGAGUGUCUGA